CGCCUGUAGUGGGUUACUGACAAGACUUCCCUCAUCAGCAUCAUCUUUUAUCCGCAGGGAGCGUCUCCAAGCGUCGAUGAAUCGAUGAAUUUCCCCGGGAAACUAACAAACGUGCUCCUGCUGGUGCUCGUCGCAGCGCAAGACUGCUUUUCAUCUAAAGCGGAGGACAGAUUGUUUCGGAGGUUGUUCCGGAGGUACAACCAGUUCAUCCGACCAGUGGAGAAUGUAUCUGAUCCAGUCACAGUGGAGUUUGAGGUCUCCAUAUCUCAACUGGUCAAAGUGGAUGAGGUGAAUCAGAUUAUGGAAACCAAUCUGUGGCUGAGACAUGUGUGGAAUGACUACAAACUGAGAUGGGCCCCUGUUGAAUACGAUGGGAUUGAGUUCAUACGAGUUCCCUCCAAUAAAAUUUGGAGGCCGGACAUUGUUCUGUACAACAAUGCCGUAGGUGAUUUCCUUGUAGAGGACAAAACCAAGGCUCUGCUGAAGUUUGAUGGCACCAUCACCUGGAUUCCUCCAGCUAUUUUCAAAUCAUCUUGCCCCAUGGACAUCACCUAUUUCCCCUUUGACUACCAGAACUGUUCUAUGAAGUUUGGCUCCUGGACGUACGACAAGGCAAAGAUCGACCUGGUGCUCAUUGGCUCAAAGGUAAACCUGAAAGACUUCUGGGAAAGUGGGGAGUGGGAGAUCAUCGAUGCACCGGGAUACAAGCAUGACAUCAAGUAUAACUGCUGUGAGGAGAUCUACCCAGACAUCACCUACUCCUUCUACAUCCGCCGCCUGCCGCUCUUCUACACCAUCAACCUCAUCAUCCCCUGCCUCCUCAUCUCCUUCCUCACCGUGUUGGUGUUCUACCUCCCGUCUGACUGUGGCGAGAAGGUUACCCUGUGCAUCUCCGUCCUCCUCUCCCUCACUGUGUUCCUGCUGGUCAUCACAGAGACCAUCCCGUCAACAUCACUUGUCAUCCCUCUGAUCGGCGAGUACCUCCUGUUCACCAUGAUUUUUGUCACGCUCAGCAUUGUCAUCACUGUCUUUGUGUUGAACGUCCACUACCGCACCCCUAUGACUCACACAAUGCCGGAGUGGGUCAGGGCUGUGUUCCUUGGGGUGCUGCCCAGGGUGAUGCUGAUGAGGCGUCCUAUCGACCAGGGCUGCUCCUCCCCUGCUAUUACAGCAGGAACAGGAGGAGGAGGAGGAGGAGGAGGAGGGAGCAGCGGAGGAAAAAAGAAGAGAAAGAACAGCAUAGGAGGAGGAAGUGGCACAGGAAGUGUCAGUGUUCCGAGGCCUCUGAAUGCCCCGUCGCCCGUCAACGCUGUCGUUGCCUUCUCUGUGGUGUCACCAGAGAUCAAGCAGGCCAUCGAGAGCGUGAAGUACAUUGCGGAGAACAUGAGAACUCGCAACAAAGCCAAAGAGGUGGAGGAUGACUGGAAGUACGUCGCCAUGGUCAUCGACAGGAUCUUCCUGUGGGUUUUUGUGACAGUGUGUGUGCUGGGAACUCUGGGACUUUUCCUCCAGCCGCUCAUCAGCUUCUUUAAAUGACACAUUUGUCUUUGUCCUGCCUCUUUCUCUCUCUCUUUGUCUACUUCUGUCUGUCUGUGUAACCCACUUAAAUUAGUAUGGGAAUUAUUCUUCCUGCAGCUAUUUCACAUCAAACUCUGGGCUGUCGUCUUUCUCCAUUUCUGCCUUUUCCUCUCUCCUCUUUCUGCCUCUUGCUCUUCUCUGGGAUUCCAUCAUCAUCCAUCAUUUCUAGCCCUCAGCUGUCCGUUUCCUCACAUGACUUACCCACAUAUCCCCGUCCCUCCCUUUUCUUGGCCUUUCAGUGUGCAUGCAAUGUUGUUAUCCAGU